UAGUCACUAGCUCGACUAUGUAUUUGUCAGGAGCGAGGGCCAAUGAAGUUUAAUCUGAUGUAUGUUUGUCUGUGCUCAAUGACGUGAUUUUACACUUUGGGUAUGUUGAGGUUAUGUCGUGUUCGUUCAGUGUUGAGGUUUGUGCUGUCGCGCACUGCGAAAGAGUGUUUUUUAAAGUUAAAAAGACUCUAAAUGUUUGAAAUGAGUUUCCUGGUGCGGUAGACCAUUCCCACGAUGCGCGCUCAGAAACGAUAUCUUCUGUUAUCUUGCGCAUUUUUAGUGUGCUGGUACUUUGGUGGUUACAGGCUGAAAAGUGAGAGUAAAAGUUUUUCGCAAGAAAUUUUACCGUCUUAUUUAGAUGAUAAUGACGAGUUAUACGAUUCAGAUACAAAGUCUUAUUAUCUGGGGCAGAAUGGUGUUAUAAACAAAUGGAUACGUGACAGUAGUGUUGGUGCUUACAAGAAGUGUCGAAUGGAAACAUGUUUUAAUUUUAGUAAAUGUUAUGGUGCAUUUAAAGUGUAUGUAUAUCCGCAUUUAGAAGAAUCGGAGGAUACAGUUAUGGUUACCCCGAGCCCUUUAUAUCAACAAAUUUUGAAUGUGAUCCAAGAAUCUCAUUACUAUACAUCAAAUCCCAACGAGGCGUGUCUUUUCGUCUUGGCUAUUGAUACCUUGGAUAGAGACAAUCUUUCUUCAGAUUAUGUGAGGAAUAUCCCAAAACUUAUAAAUAACCUAUCAUUGUGGAAUAAUGGAAUGAAUCAUGUUGUUUUUAAUUUAUAUUCAGGUAGUUGGUCAGAGUACAUUGAAGAUGACUUAGGCUUCGAUCCAGGCAUGGCCAUUCUUGCCAAAGCGAGCAUGUCUGUAUCACAUUUCCGACCAGGUUUUGAUGUCUCGUUUCCACUCUUCCACAAGAACCACCCAGAGAAAGGUGGUGAGCCAGGCUUCGUCACCACAAACAACUUUCCAGUGUCAACCAAGUAUUUGUUAGCUUUUAAGGGUAAGCGGUAUGUUUAUGGAAUAGGUUCAGAAACCCGUAACUCACUAUACCACUUGCACAACGAUAAGGACAUAAUCUUGGUCACCACUUGUCAUCAUGGGAAGAGUUGGAAGGCCAUGAAAGACGAGCGUUGCGACGAAGAUAAUGCAGAAUACGACAAGUACGAUUACGAAGUGCUGUUGCAGAACUCGACGUUCUGUUUAGUUCCUCGUGGCCGUCGCGUGGGUUCUUUCCGGUUCCUGGAGGUGCUGCAGGCAGGCUGCAUACCUGUGCUGCUGUCCAACGGCUGGGUGCUGCCCUUCUCGCAGGUCAUCAACUGGAACAAGGCGGUGGUCUGGGGGGAUGAGCGUCUUCUGCUGCAGAUCCCCAACAAAGUGCGGUCCAUAAGUGCCACUGAGGUGCUGGCACUCAGGCAGCAAACACAGUUACUUUGGCAACAGUACUUUUCAUCCAUCGAGAAGAUUGUUUUCACCACUUUGGAAAUAAUCCGUUCCAGACUGCCAACGCAGCCGUCUAAGGAUGGUCUGAUAUGGAACUCCUCACCAGGGGCUUUGCUCACGCUCCCCCAGUUCUCGGACUCUUGGCGCAACUAUCCGUUCUUCAUGGACAAGUCGGGGGUGGAGCCAGGGACCCAGUUCACCGCAGUCGUCUACUGUCACCCGGGAAAGUCUGCGGCCAACACCGCCCCGUUGUUUCGCCUGGUGAAGAGCGUGGCCCGCAGCCAGUACGUAGUGCAGAUCAUUGUGAUGUGGACAGGGGACAAGCCCCCGCCCGAGAUGUCCCGCUGGCCCGCUGUCCCUCAGACAGUCUCUCUCGCCAUCUUCCACACGUCUCAGGACACACAGCAGACGCACGGAAUCUCGCAGCGCUUCUACCCGCACCCGCUCAUCCGCACAGACGCCGUGCUCUCUUUGGACGAGGACUGUCUGCUCACCACGGACGAGGUGGACUUUGCCUUCCAGGUGUGGCGGUCGUUCCCGGACAGGAUCGUGGGUUACCCCGCCCGGUCGCACUACUGGGACGACGCCAAGGACUCGUGGGGGUACACGUCCAAGUGGACCAACGACUACUCGAUAGUGCUGACGGGGGCGGCCUUCUACCACCGCUACUACAACUACUUGUACACGCACUGGCUCAGCCCGCUGCUUCACAAGACGGUGGAGCAGUCGCAGAACUGCGAGGAUAUCCUCAUGAACUUUCUGGUGUCCCACGUGGUGCGCCGGCCGCCCGUCAAGGUGACGCAGCGCAAGCAGUACAAGGAGCAGCCCCCGGGCGGAGCCAAGUCCCCGUGGAACGACCCGGACCACUUCAUCCAGCGCCAGACCUGCCUCAACACGUUCGCGGCGGUGUUCGGCUACAUGCCGCUGCUGCGCUCCAACCUGAGACUGGACCCGGUGCUGUACAAGGACCCCGUGAGCAACAUGCGCAAGAAGUACCGCCAGAUCGAGCUGGUGGGCAGCUAGUACACGCAGCGCACCAGUCCGCCGGACCUCCGCAGCACGUAACGCAAGUCCGUGCCUCGCACGUCACCAGCAGUCGGCUGCACGUCGGCUGGGUGAAGCCUCCACCACACAUUUGUAUCUCGACAGCAUGUCCGCAAGUCACUUUGUUGUCUGCUGUUUUUUAUUUGUUUGGCAACAAGCUACUAAUACUGAAAAGUACACAUGAAUCCACACCCAUUUCGACAAUUAAAUUCAGGUGCUCGUGUGUUUCUACCUACGAUUCAUUGCUCGAAUGUGCGUGGCCAAGCCAUCCAUGUUUACUUGUGAACGCAGAUUCGUGCUUUUUAAUUGUAAGGUUUACUUGCUCAAUAUUAUAUAUCAGAUAUUUUUUUAUUUUUUUUUUAUUUUAGCAAAUGAAUAUUAUUUAAGAGAAAUAAAGAUUGAACUAAGUAGAUACCGUAAGAUUGUAAAAUCAUAUAUAUAUAUAUUAGCUUGGAAUAUUUGUUUGUAAUGUGUUCAGACCGACCAACAAGAGCUAAUGAUUAUAGAGGCAAGAUUGUAUGGUGAAUUGCAAUAAAACCAAAAUAAUACCAUUAUACCAAUGCCAUUACACCAUAUAACAUCGAAAUACAAGUUAAAUACACCAUAAAGCACCGGAAAGCCCCAAAAAAUCAUGAAAUUAAUCAGCAUAUUAAGUCAAAACUCAACUCAGAUAAUAGAACUGUAAUUAUAUUAAAUUCAAAGAAUUUAAAUUAUUUAGCAUGAAGUCUGUACUAAAAUGUAUUUAAUAGAUUGGAAAAUAUUUUGCUUUUUUUUAUAUUGCAACUGUUAUUAAUAACUAAUUUUUACAUUACAAAAUUGGAACAUUUUAAAAACGUACACACAUUUGCUGAUUUAUUUGUAUUGUUCCUAGUAGUUAGACAUGCUUUUUACAAAUUAUUACAUUGUAAAAGUUCGUCAUGUAACAUUGAACAAGUAAGUGUUGUAGGUAUUUUAUUUAAAGUUGUGCUAUCUUUAAGUAUAAACAGAGGUUAUAAAAAAAUUAAUAUAAAACCAAAAUCUCUUGUUUUAAAAACAAAAUUGGUUUAAAAAAAAAAAAAAAAAUAAAAUCUUGUCUCUGCUGAUGAAGUGCGUAAUGGGUGUGGAUUCGGGAAUGUGUCGAGACUAGUUUCCUUGUCCAGUCCUUGCCAGCGUGAGCCCUGUGGUGCUCCGUGGGUCUCAGUUCCGCACGCCGUCGCUGUGCGUGGGGCGGCCAGCUGCUUGUUUGAAUAUGAUUUAUAGUUCCUAACGUGAGGGUAUUCCUAUUGUCGUAGGGUUGCUGCGGCACCACAGUCGAAGGUACACACAGACGUAGACAGUUCGAGAAGUUGUUCUGGCCAAGUUGUGGGCAUCUGGUUUCAUUUAGCAUUUAUUACGUUUUCAGUGCUGAGGUGUUGGGGACUGAAGUACAUCGCGCUUGUAGCCAUACACAAACCAGGGUGUCUGCAGGCCCCAAAAGUCACAAAAAAAAGUCCCUCAAUCAUUAGCAGUGGUGCUGGAAACCACAAAAUUUCAAUUUCCAGCAGUGUUUUGAUAACGUGCAUUUUUUUUUUACGCCCCACUUCAGUUUUUUGCUCUAUGGGCCAAUCAAACCUUCAAAUACCAUCAAAUUCUUAGUAUUUGAAGGAUUCCGUAUUUAAGGAAGAAUAGUUGAAGCAUAAUAUUAAAGGAAAUAAAGUAAUUUGAAAAAUUCAGCACUGAUAACUUCUGUAGUUUACUAGUCUUUAUUUUUUUAUUUCCAUACCUAUCCUGUUAAUAUUCCCCAAGUUAUUGUGCUUUUAACAUGUAAUCAUAUAAAUAAUACUACAAAAUGUAUAGUUUUUGGAAAUUUGAUUGGGGAAACAACCAUUUAAAUAGUUAAUAUUUUUCAUUUAUUGCACAUUAUUUUUUAACCUUGACACCUAUAUUUGGAUUCGAUAGGGAUAUUCGAGGUAUACUCUGGAAUUCAGAUUUGAGAUUCGGAUUCAAUAAAAUUGGAAUUCAACCCAUCAUUACUGAAAUUUUUUUAGCUUUCUAGCUUAAAAUUCAAUACGUUCCUAUAAUUUCAGAAAAGUUCGUGUUUCAUUUACUCAUGUUUAGUUUUGGUUAAAUAUGGAGUUUCAAAAAUUGCCUUUUGAAAAAAAAACCUGAAAUUGGUUUACUAGGUAUUUGUAGACACCCUGAAAUAUAAUUUUUUUUUUGAAAAUGGUUUGCUUUUAAUCAUAAAGCGUAAUAGUUGGUGUUGCUUUGUAAUUCUUUAAAAUCGGCUUCAAAGGAAUGUGUGUGUGUUUGUUUCUGACAACCACUUUUGGUCACAAUUGAUAGAGUUUGAGGAUCAGGUUUAGCAGUUAUCGCACACUUACUUGAACUAGCUAUAAAGCUAGUUAUAGUGUGGUUGCUUGCCAUUAUUUUUUUUAAAGAAGGAUUUGUAAAAUAUAAAAUUUUUUACUUUGAGUAGAUAACACUUUUUAUUUCAUAGAGAACAAAAUUUUGUGCAGUUUUAGGAAAGUACGUAAUCUUAGUGGGAUCCACCACUACAGUGGUCAUGCUAGUCAAACCUGGAUAGGUGCUUCGUUGCAUGCUGUGGUCUUGUGCAGUUUGGAGACAAGUAACCGGAAUUCAGGACGCGAGUGCCGACGGAACUCAAUGAAGUAGUUGUAUAAAUAACGUGGAACCAUGUAAAAGUACCGGGCACGUGCGCAAAUGAUUUGUUCCUAGUGAGUAGCACGUAAGCAGCCGGCCUCGUGGGAGGCUAGCUUUACGUAAACGUUGUGCUUACGCUCUUGUGUAGUAGUCGUGCCCUUUUUACUAUGUUAACUACGAAUUACAAUUACAGAAAAUAUGAUCAUACAAUAAUUUAAUUUAUAAUAAGCGAUGACUUUCUCUUUCUAGUUCAGUGAAAGGCCUUAAAUCCAGAAUUGUACGGUGCGGCACAUUUUGUAAUGGGGCAGCAAUCGAGCUGCUCGUAUUCAGAUAUUUUCGAGUGGAUUCCGGCUGUUGAUCUUGGCGACCGGUUGGCAUUACUACUGCAGCCAAGUACAACAGAAUUUGUAAUCAUCACUGAUUUAGAUUUACUCUUUGUUAUUUAACUUUGUUUUAUUUGUGUAUCACAAAAGCUGGGAAAAGAUGACAUGUCUGAAAUAUCGUGCAAGCGUUUCAUACAAUAUAUCUAGCUGAUGUAAUGUAAUUAACAUACAUGUAAAUUCUGAGUGUUAAUUUAUGUUUUAAAUAUUUUAAGUAGUUAAUAAACUUUUGUGAUUUUUAAUUAUUUAAUGGGUGGGUUAACUCAUUUCUCUGUAGGAGAGUUAAUUUUUUGUAAGUCUAGUAUUUGGUAUAAACUUUAUCACAUUAGUUUUGUGUGUGUUUUAUCUAUUAUUUGCAUAAAUGAAAUUACUGAGAGGUGUGCCUGGAAGUUUGCUGCAGAGCAAUAUAGUGCUGCCAACUGCCAGCAGUUUAAAUUUGCUCAGAGUGUAUCAAUAGCAGUUGGCUUUAAUUUCAACGCACAGUGUUUCCUGUUUUCAAGCAGGUUACAUUUCAACAGUGCAUUUCCAUAAUAAUUUUUUAAGAAGACCUGUAUUCUCUCUUUCUACAGAGCAGCUUAUUAUAAAUUGUUUUAAAUACCUCUCCACUUAAUGUUUAUUUAGUAUUCCCGUUAAAACUUCAUUGACGUUCAAUAUUUGGUGCGGCUGUGGUUACCAACAUGCCGUACUAAAGACCUUUCAUUGUUCCACUGUUCACCAACCCUACAACAUACGUACAGCCAGACGGGACUUAGCAAAUUUUUAACAUUUUGAAAUGUUCUUAUUUUUUCACGGCUGUAGAGAUGUGAUAUUAAAAAUGAAAAUUAAUAUAAUGGCGUGUGGAGGUUGAUCUAAGGGCAAGGCAUCUUUUAGGUACAAAGGGACUCGCCUCUUUUUAUCCGGGUGUCGGCAGUCUCCUGAAGUAUGAUAUGAAACGGGAUCUCAGGAUGAACAAUGUUCUGAAAGAAGCAGGAGCAAAAUUUCCCAGCAUUCCUCAGAAUGAGAACCCAGUUUUGAUUUUGGUGAGUCCCAAACCUGGAUUUCUUUGGCGAGAGGUGUUACUGACCACUGCAACUGCCUAGAGCUCGGUGAUUACACGUGAAGUGCAACACACAUGUUUAUUUCUCUCUUUGACGUCCAACAAGAGUGUUUGUCUAGGGCUGUCACUCUGGCUUGAAGCAUCUGGAGUAUGCUCGGGCAAGAGUGACUAACAUCUCGCGCUCAGGUUUUGAGAAGGCGGAUGUUCAUGGCUGUGAUAUACUGUUAUUGAUUUGUUUUUCCAUUUGUAAACAUGACAGUUGUCAGUUAAACACACACACACAUUCACUUUCUAUGUGCAAGCGAAACCUUGCGUUUUUUGUAGGAGUUAUCUGGUGAGAUUCUCUCUACUUGGCCGUUGAGUACUUUUAAUUUACCCAAUUGCACCGAGUUGCAAACAUUUGCAGCCCAAGGAAGGAAUCAAGAUACAUUUGCAGUAUGUUUACACAUCAAUAGAAUUUCAUUUAUAUUUCAUAUUGGUGCUUAAAACUAUUAGUGGUAAUUAUUUAGUGUUGUAUGACUUUAGCGUUAUUUUAAAGAUGCUCGCAUAAACUUAACUGGGUUAACCUGAUCCGUUAAUAAUGAGAUUAGCCGGAGUCUGGAAUGGGAUCUGGUGUAUACGAUUCUGUCCUCAUCUGAGCUCGGCCUGUUUGCUGAAGCAGACGGCAGUUGCAGCAGGCCCCGAUUUACGUGUGGGCCAACCGGGCAUUUGCCCAGAGCGCUGGUUUUUGAGGGGCAGAAAAAUAAGUUUUUAAUGUACGGUAAUGAUUUGAUUUUUAAAAUUACAUUUCAAAGGGAAAUGUAGCUUAUUCUAACUUUUGCAGUGCCUUUUAAAAUAUUAGGCCUUAAAACAAAUAUUUUAGAAAUAGAUUUAAAUCUUGUUUAACAAUAUACAGUGUGCAUAAACUCAUGUUUUAGUUCGGUUGUUAGAACAACUGUAUAAAACCAACAAAAAUGUGUUAAAAUUUACAUAAGAAGAGAGAAAACAGCCUAUGUCUUUGAAAAACCUUAGUAUUUAGUUGUAUAAUGUUCUGUUUUUAAUAAAAAUGGUACUAAAUAAGCUUGAAUUUGUACAAUUUUAUAAUGUUUUGGGGGAAUUGGUAAAGAAACGAGGCUGCUAAAAAUUAUCUGCCCAGAGCGCUAGCCACCUGAAAUCGGGGCCUGAGUUGUAGAAAGAUGUAUUUCAGCUGCUUUGUUCGAAAGCUAUGUUCGUGCAUGUUGGGAUCAACCUGCGACAAGCGUGACGCCCCAGCGAUCAAGCGACCGAGGAUGUAGUAGGAACUGUUUGUGUGGUUUUAUGCUAUACGUAAAAAAAAAGUGUAAAUUUCUGAUUUGGCUGAUUUGAUAGGGAAAAAAAAUUCUAUAAUCUAACUAUUUGCCUUAGUUCCUAUACCUAUGUAAAAAAAAACUUAAAUAGCUGAUUCUCAUUUUUGAACAGCUGCUAUUUCAAAAUCUGCACAACACAGUGUGCGUUGAGCAACUGUUCGAUGCCUGCUGGUGCGAUGAACCUAACUGCCAGCAACAAUGGAUUAAGUUAACCCAGUUGACUAGGUUUACAUGAGCGUCCAUACACGUUGUCUACGAUUAUAUAUUAAAAGUGUUUUGUUAGAGCUUAUUUUUGCAUAAUGUAUGGUGUAGAAAUCAUGUUGGAAAUAACUUUUGUUGUCGUGCAUGUAUUUUGUUUGAGGAUGUUUUGUUAAUAAUUUUGCUUAUUAGGUAUAUAGUGAUUUAUGAUUAUAUUUUUGUUGACAGUGUUAAUGUUUAUUUUUGUAGCAAUUAACCAUUUAUUUACUCAUGUGUAAAAAAAUGUAAAGAAUAUUUACUAAUUAGCUUGUUCAGUGUAACAUUUUCUGGUGUUUUAUUCAUUUGUAUUACAAGGGCUAGGCCUAUCCUGUAACGUCAAUAAUCCUUCGUGUUAUGGGGUUCUUAUGUUGUAUGUUUUUUUUCUUUGCACUGCAGGCUUUUGCAAAUAAUUAAAAAAAUAUAUAUCUUGUAUAUUACAAAAUAUUAUUUCCACAGUAAUGAUUAUUUAAACAGCAUCGAGAACAUUUACUUUGGUAUGUGUCAUUAUUCGAGGGGACGCAUUUGAUGCAAGUCACUUGUGUUGCUGGAUUGCACAUUGUAAUGGCAAGCUAAAACUGCAAGUCAAAGGAAGUUGUGUGUUUCAAUUUUUAACAGUCAUUUCAACACAUCGGUUAAUUUGUUUUACUGUAGCAUCUGCCGUGAAAAAAUAUAAAUUUUACUGAUUCAUAGUUCAUUUUCUCAUUUGAAAGAAAGAGCACAGAUUGAGUAAGAUGCCUGAAAAUAAAUUUGUUGAUGCGCCAGUACUAGCACAGCAGUCCAAGUCUUCUGCGGCCGUCACGUGGUGACAUGAGCGGGGACUCGGCUGGUUUUUGCCCUGCGUUCUGUCCUUUUCUCGCAGGUCAAUUACAGUACUUCGGUUCAUGGCAUCUGCCUGUGUUCUCUUCUGCGUGGCGAGAGUGCAACUCUGAGGCAGGAUAGCUAGCAGCGUGGUGCGUCUCAAGCUCUCCGAGCUGCUGUAUCACGCCGGGGCCCGUAGCCCCGCCCCGCCGGUCGUAGUUGCCGUGAGGGCGGAGGCGAUGCUACCCAGGCCACUUCCCUCCUGGGUCUCCACCAGCCUCCUCGGUCGUUCUCGCACCAUCAUUCUGUCAACGCCACGACGCCACUACGUUGCCAGGGUCGAGUCUGUUUCCUGCCAACGGCUUCCUUAAGUUCCAGUUGUCCCACAACUGUCCACGUGACUGCAUUCAAAGAACUGGAGUAGUUUAGUCCUGCUCAUAAACGACAGUGUAUCCUUGAAGCUCCGUCAUAGAGCAAGUCUGCACUGAGGGCAGUGAAGAAGGGGGAUCUUGUCAGGCGUAGUUAAUUACGGCAACAAGACAACAAAACGUGCAACCAGAUAUUUUUCCUGCUAAACUAUUAAACAUAGUACAAGGUUCAAAUGAUUCUGGUCAGAUAAAUAUCUAGAUGUUCGUAUCCUGUCCCAAAUUGACAAAAUAAAUUAAACGAGGAGAAAAAAUUUCUGGUGCUCACUGCAGAAGUUUUAUCAAUUAUUUAAUGUUGUAACUUUCUGUUCUUUCCCCCCCCCUCCCCCCCCCCCCCCCCAACAUUUUAUUUCCGUUGCCAUCAUACUCAAAGAACAUUUUGUUUAUUAGUGUCAAGGAGCAAGCUUAUUCGUAUUGCUGCUCUGCUGACGAGUGUGUCUGGGAAGCAGAGAUUGGUAACCAUGCAUAUGUGAGAGCGCGGAGCAAGACUCGUACAGUACGUUUUAGUUCUGGGUUGAAUAACUUCACAGCACUGCAUGUGGGUGUGGCCACCACCGAUAAUCAUGAUUAUACAUAACUGGCAGUGUGUAUAUUAAAUAUAUUUAUAUAUAUUUAUAUUUUUUGUUCUUGUACAUCAAAGAUUGUUUUGUUAAGAGCAGUUAAUUUUGUUUAUAAACUAGUUCCCAAAGGAACUCUGUAAUUAAUUUUGCAACAAACUAUGAAAUGUUUGUUUAUGAAUUUUUUCAUAUUUACAGUCCAACAGACUGUAAUUAUUUGGUACAGUGUUAAUGUGCUUAAAGGUCAUGCUAAUUGGAAUAACCAAUGCUAUUUGUUAUUUAAAAACAACAAUAUUCAAGUCGUAGCAAUAAUUUUUUUUUUUACAGCCAACGUAACAGACCUGGAUAUUUUGAGUCUUGCCCAUUCAAAAUUUGUUUCGCAUUAAGUUAGCAGUCUUGGUAGUAAUCUCCCAUGUUCCUUCUCUAUUGUUAAUGUUUUUGAAAGAAUUGUUAAUUUAUUACAAAAUUAAAUUUUUUUUAUAACCACAAAUAUUAGUAACUAAGAAUCAGCACUAAUGAUGUGAAUACUUAUUUUUUUGAGUGGAAAUAUACGUCUACAUGUGAAUUUGACAUGUGUGACUGCAAGGAUACAUAAUGAAAGACUACACAUGUUACAAUCUUGCACAAGUAAGUUAAAAGUUUGCCAUCUUAUGCUACCAAGCAUUGGCGAUUGUUUUAACUUCACAGUUGUAGCGUACACCGCUAAAUAUAGGUAAAGCAUCAGUCCGCGUUGUUAUUGAUAAUGUUAUGGUUAUUUCAAUUGCAGCACAAUCCUGUGUUUUAAAGUAAAGUGGGGCUUUAGGGAAGGUUUGGUGAAUGUCUGGCUUGAUGAUUUGUGCUUGAAGCUAGCAAAAAAUAUUUUACAAGUGGUGGUUGUAAUUUUUAACUUUUCUCUUUUCAAGAACAUUUAACUGUUAGUAAUUGGAAAAGUUAUAAUUAUUGUAACAGUAUGUUUUUUAAUUUAAGAAUCAUGUGUUCAGAAUGACAUUGAGUGAGCUUGAAGCAAAUGCAUAAGUCUGUAUCUCUUGUGUAGUUCCCACCAAAAUUUUUUCCUUCCCAUAGAAACUUCUUUUCGUCCUCAGAGACUUACAGUUAGCACCAAGAACAGCUUGAGAACAGACUAGUGCAAGCGAAGUAUUGUAUUGUGUUGACGCAAGGGAAUCGGCUGAAUACUUUUUAGUGUUAAUUUGAGUACUAAUUGUGUGUACAGUUUGCAGUUUUUUUGGGCUGUCAAGCUAUAAACUGAUUCAGUGUUUGUGUUCAUGGUUAGUAAUUAUCCUUUCAUGAAGCUGCCAGUUUAGCUAUUUGUUUCGGUUAUAGUCCUUUGGUUACAAUUGUUCCGUUGGUUGAAGUUGUUCUAAAGGUUGGUACAUUCUAAUAAUACCGGUAGUAGUGUUGGGUUUGAAUACAGUCAAUUGCUUCAUUACUAAAAGUUAAAGGGUUCAAUAAUUGUGUAAACUGCCCAAAUAGUAUAUAGGGAAUUGAAAAGUACACAAGUUUGAGGAGUGUAAACCAGUAUGCUUUUUACGCUCUUCUGUAAAAAGAACGCUUGUCUCGCUGGUGAAUCACGGUUGCUCGUGUCCUGCGUGGCACAGGGCCAAGAGGUCCGUGCGUGCGUGCGGCUGUCGCAUGGACUGCGGUGACUCAUCUGCGCUAUUCUGGGCCGGGCCGCGACCCCCCUCCCUCCUCCCACGCUCUCACGGCUGCCGGUUAUGAGUUACGUCGCGAGCCACUUCCUUAACUACCGCCGCAGCAUCAACAGAGCCGCUGGGCGGAAGCUGUUAGCCCAGGCGGAGCAUGUGUCGUCUUCCCGGCAGCGUCUGCAUGUGUUCCACACAUGGUCGCCUCGCUCUCUGCCCCCCCUUCCCUUCCUGAAGUACGCAACCACUUCCUCCACGGUGCUCCAGUAGUCACUUCUUGUCGCAGGAGACUGCUCCCGGCUAGCCGGCUAGUUUGGCAGCACAUGACAGGGUUGCAAUGCAGUUAGGACACUUCUUUUGUUAAUGCCCUGUUGUGCCAAAAACUUCAAAAUAUUGUACAAGAUGAUAUACAAGAUUUACAAAAAAUAUUUGUAUUACAGUGAGCUAAUUUUGAAUUUUUUUUUUUUAAAGGUCAUAAUCAUUUUAUUCCCAUGAGUAAGAAGGGAAAUAGAACACCACGUGUUUAUUGGCCCCAAAUGUCAUGUAGAGUUCAGCAUUAACUCACACACUAAUGUUGUGGAUAUUCGUGUCUGGCUUCUGCACGGUGACAUCUAGGAGUUUUCCCUCAUUUUGGCAGCUGCAACUUCUACGUCUGCAAGUAACUCGUUGUGGGAUGAGUAAAAGUACAAGUAUUUGCUGGCUUGGGUUACUAUUUAAGUUUUGGCAGAAAGUUCAUAACAUCCGUCUCGGCACAAAGAAAUCAAUAUGCUCAGGAAAUUCAUGUGUGUCUGGGAAGUUGUCUGGCAUAGUCAUCAUUCUUCCAUGCCUGCUGAACUCUAGCAUUGUUGUCCUCGAAGCGUGCAUGCCAUCACAGUUCUCAGCACGCAGCCAGCAGGUCUGUUCGAGGACUGAAGGAGCCAGCUCAGGCGUGAUGUGUCGGAUCGCACGAGCGUGUCGGGAUCUCGUACAAACUUCUGAAGCUGUAGUGUUUUAGUAUUUCGGUAUGCGUUCCAGUAGAAAGCUGCUGUGCAGUUUGACGGAUCUAUUGGUUAUGUCGUCGUGAAUGCCAUCGCAACUUGAGUUCUGUAAGCUCGCAGAUGUAUCACUUGAUGUGCCCGGACUACAAACAUGACUGUGCCGAGUGUCAUACCAUAUUUUCCUUAAGUUGUCAAGUGUAAAUAUGUGCAAGGUGCUAUGUAUUGCAGAUAGUUGAUUUGAGCAAACUGCAAAAAUUGAUGUUAAAAUGUAAAUGCUUCAUAUUUUGCGUCCAAACAUUUUAUUUAUUAAUUUAUGAAGAGAAAGUUAUUUUGAAAGCAUUUAUUUGAAUAGUCAUGAUGCAGCUUGGUGAAGGUGUAUGGUUGAGGGACAGGCUUGUGUGGCCGAGCAGCCAGGAAGCAAUAACACAUUCCCGAGAUGGCUGUAGGCAGCUAGAGGCGUGGAGUUUCUAUCUGUUCGUAAUCAGACGUGUUGCGAGCGUGGUAGUCUGAGCUCCCCCUUCGAUUCCGUGUACGUAAUGAAACAUAGCGUAGCGCAAUAGGUAGUUGGAAGCUUUACAAACGUAAUCUUUAUUUUUCGACGUGAUAACGUCUUAUAAAUUGAUGACGCCGGCUGCACACACGAAACAGCAUGACUCAUUGCCACGUUCCGCCUGAGCCGAGUGUGCAAGAACCGGCCAACCACCAUGCGAGAAAAUCUUCUAUAAUAUCAAACAGAUUAAGGCGGGCUUUUUAACUAAUUGUUCGUGAUUAUAUUUAAACAAAUUAUUUAAAUUUUGCAAAAACUGUAAAUAAUAUUUGAAAAUUAAAAAGUAUGCAAUUUUUCACCAAUGUUUUCUUAUGAUGUUAUCGCGUAAAAUUAUCGUCCGUUAACCGACUACAGACAACCCCCUUUUUUUUCAGUAGGUUUACGAUGCUUUGAUACGUGUGUUUAUAAUGUUUUCAAUUAGUUGUUUCAGAUGCACAGACUGUGGAAACUAUUUAUGUUCAACAUUGUUAUUUUAAACUGGACUGUAUGAUUUAUUUUAACGGUAGAUAAUGUUUGGAGGGUUCAUACGUUUAGAAAAGAGACGCCUUACUUUCUUUUUGGCAGGCACAAUGAUUUGCAGUUGAUGUACUCACUCACUGAACUUAAUAACCUGGUAGUAACUUACGAAAAUGUACCACGCCAACGAGGAACAUGGAGCAAGGCUGUAGCUUCAGUAAUGUAGUCUCCUGCGAACUACUCGGUACAGCUGCUUUACAAGAACUGCAACACUACCACGCUUACAACACAGUAUGCUUCGUAACGACUGUCUCAGCCAGCACUUAGCUGCGAUGGAUUGCUAAAUGUAAUUGGUGUUUGACUUUGCCAUGUGUGUAUAUGUACAUAGACUAGAUUGACGUUUGUUACUUAAAUAAAGGUGUGCCAUUAUGUAAAGUGUUUGUGGAAAUGUUUUGUUAAAAUUUUAGAAGGUCCUGCGUGGGUGGCGCUUGUCCGAAACUUUGUACAGUAAUCAUUUUCUAACCUGUUAAGUAUUUACUGAAAUCUGAGUAUGUAUUGAAUUGUACAAUAAUUUUUAUUAAAAAUUUAAUAUAUCA